AGAAAAACCCCGUCGCUUUCACCGCCCAAACACAUGUAACAACGCCGGAAUAACGCUGCUGUCGUCGGCGGAGAGGCGGACAGAGGCCUCGGUCCUGCUCACCUCGGAGAGAAGUGUCGAGUUUGUGUUUUCGACUGUCUGCUGUUCCACGGCUGGCGACUGCGGGGCUGCUUCCUCAUUUCGACAAACUGACUGAUAGCGAGGAGUGAAACUGGAGCCGCUCCGUCUUUCUGAAGACAUUUGUGGCAUGAAACGAGACCGCGCACAUCUUUCAUCCAUCACCUCCUUCAUCUCCCUCCACCACUCUCCCGUAAGGAACUCUCACCUCAGCUCCACCGCAUUGAUGAGGUAACGUCAAGCUGUACGCAGCGCAGCACCCACCUGCUCAACAGCCACCCUCCCUCCUCCUCCUGUCGACCUUUCCAUCGCAGCCAUGGGACAGAAGAUCUCUGGCGGCAUUAAGUCGGUGGACGGCCGCGGGGAAAGCGGGGGCUCCCCGUCCUACCGGCCCUUGGCUCACCGCCGGCAGCACCCGGUCCUGAGGGAUCCUGAUUUCUCCAAACCUCCCCGGCUGGAUCUCCUGCUGGACAUGCCGUGUGCUGGACACGAGACGCAGCUCCAUCACGCGUGGAACCCCGACGACCGCUCGCUCAACAUCUUCAUCAAAGAGGAAGAUAAACUGACAUUUCACCGCCACCCGGUCGCUCAGAGCACGGACUGCAUCCGGGGGCGGGUCGGGUACACGCGGGGUCUCCAUGUGUGGAAGAUACACUGGCCCUCCCGGCAGCGUGGCACCCACGCCGUCGUUGGGGUGGCGACCUCAGAGGCUCCGUUACAUUCUGUCGGGUACACGGCGUUGGUGGGGUCGGACUGUGAAUCCUGGGGCUGGGAUCUGGGACGGAACAGGCUUUACCAUGACAGUAAGAACAGGGCCCACAGCUCCCUGCCCACUUACCCUUGUUUCCUGGAGCCGGAGGAGUCGUUCACUCUACCGGACUCUCUGCUAGUGAUUCUGGACAUGGACGAAGGGACGCUGAGCUUCAUGGUGGACGGACAGUAUCUAGGAGUCGCGUUUAGAGGACUGAAAGGCAAGAAGCUGUAUCCUGUGGUCAGCGCCGUGUGGGGACAUUGUGAGAUAUCCAUGAAGUACAUCAACGGCUUAGAUCCCGAGCCUCUCCCUCUGAUGGACCUGUGUCGGCGUGCGGCCCGCCUGGCGCUGGGCCGGGACCGGCUGCAGGAGAUCGAGAGCCUCCCUCUGCCCCAGUCCCUGAAAAAUUACCUCCAGUACCAGUGACUGACACCAGCAGAGCCGACUGGGAGAACACGGACACAAACUAGACCACCGGAGCGUCUAAAGAUGGAAGAGAUGAAUUAAAGAAAGGAGCUGCUGGAUGGAAGAAUGUCCACACUGAUGGAUUUAUAAAAAAUAAUUAAAAAAAAAAAAGGAUGGAGAUGAAAGAUGGUGGAAGUCCCGGCUUUCAAACAGAGGACAGCACAGCACCAGCUUCUUUUGGAUUUUCCAGCUGCUUUUUUUUCUUUCUUUUUUUUCUUCCAUUUGUUUUUUUUUUUGUUUUUUGUUUUUUUGACUUAAAUUAUUAAUGAUGGUAACCCAUCAGUGUGUCACUCAUCCAGAAUGAAAACCCAGCCUCCGAUGGCUCGGGCCGCAGGUUCGGAGGUGACCCUGUUCGGACGAACAGCGCCGCCCAGUGACGAGAAUCAAACGCUGCGCCGAGAAAAAGCACACUAAUCCUUUUUUUCCCUGGAGGCCUUUCUGACGCACAGUCAGCGACCAUAUCAUUGCUGUUGGAUGCCAGAGUGUGUAUUCAUGGUCUCCUCCAGCGCAGGUGGCAGGCUGCAGAGCCCAGAUGUCCAAGAGGAUUUUAGCACUAAUGUUGUUUUUCUUUUUUGUCUUGAUUAUCUGAUUGACUCGGGGCCCGACCGAAAGCUCAACCUCGCACACAGAGUAGAAUCGAAACAUGGCUGCAGGUCGUGCAGGCAAAAGAAAUGAAGCGUGUCCAGCUUUUUUUUUUUUUUUUCUCCCGGCUUCGUGAUGACACGUGACGACACGUGACGACAGGUGACGACAGGUGACGAGCCCUUUCAGACAAACACGUCACGUCCAUCAGACAAAAACUGAUGGAUUCGUUGAGGCGACGUUCACAGUGAUUCUUCAGCUGGUGCAUGAGAGGAAAGUAGGAGAUGAAGGACAGAGAGGGAAAAACAAAUGGAUGAGUGAUUAAUCUGAAGUCUUAAUUUAUGACGAUUGUCAGCAGGGAAGUUCCCACUCCUUCAUUUUUAUCAUUUAUUUUAUUUAAGAGAAUAAGAAAGUGUUAUUUUGGCUCUCUUGUCUUGUCUUGAAGCUUUUUUUUUUUAAUAUGCAGUUUAUUUAUUACUUCAAGAAAAAAAGAGGUUUCAGGCUUUUUCCUACCUCUUUCUCUUCCUCUCCUUAAAAAAAAAAAAAUCAUCUGAUCUGACGUGAGAACAAUCUCCUCAACAACCGAAAACGACUAUUAAACAGAUUAUAUUUCCUUUGUGCGCAUGAAACAAUAAUUAAGUAGUAAAUUUGUUACAGCGCUCUUUAUGCUCCUACAAAGUCACCUAAUUGCUCGUUAAAUCUACAGAACUUAAUAAGCACCGAUCUAAACACUCGGCUGAUCUGCUUCCUCGGGACUUUUCCACUGUGGUUUCAUUAGAUGUGAUUGAUUUUUACUGAAACAGCUCACCAGUCGUGUGAAAUCUGAUCUUGUUUUUAAGGACGUCAUUGAUCACGGAAAGCUGAUUAAGAAAAAUGUUUUCAGGUUCUUUAAUAAGGGAACAAGACGAGCAUUUCAUCUCACUGUUACUGUGAGGAUACUGAAGAAAGACUCGUGCUGUGUGGGAAGAGUUGUGCAAAUGUUACUAGGUCCAAUUUUUCAGGCUUACCGACGUGAUUUUUUACAUAACCGCGUGUCUGAAAGGGGCUUUGUUCAAGAUUCAAAACCAGAGGAAACUGCUCGCUUGUAAAGGAGCGUUAAAGGAUUAGUUCACCCAAAAUAAAAGAAAAUUAAGUCAUCAUCCACUCACCCUCGUGUCGACGCAAAGUCAGGUGAAGUUUCGUGGUCGGCAAAACAUUUCUGGAGCUUCAGGGGAAAACGGUGUUGCAGCUUUCUUGGGGAAAAAAAACUGAAGAAGAUGAGGACUUGUUUAAAAAAAAUGCAGGUCGUCCAGAGAUCCAAGAAUGAUUUGAAAUGUUACCGACGCCUUCAACACGCAGUCAAACUCUGCGUCAGCGCUGUUUUACUGUGAAGCUCCAGAAAUGUUUUGUGCGAUGUAAAACUUCACCCUCAUGGAGAUGAGACAUUUUUGGGUGGACUUUUCCUUUAAGUUUAAGACCGUACGGGACACUCAACCAGAGUUCAGAGUUCUCGACAUGAAGCCGUUGGAGUGCGCGACCGCGUCGGUCAGAGCUGGAGGUCGCGGCCCGUCGCGGCGUCACUAGUGCUGACGUGCUGUUGGGCUGUAAGAGGAGCCUCACCUGCUGUUGUAGCACCCUGCUGUAGCUCACUGGUACCAGACAGUAUCUGUCUGCUCUCCGCACAACUGUCUUAAUGACCACAGACAAACAAACAAACAAACAAACAAACAAACAAACAGGACCAGAUCUAGUCUCGCUGGAUCUUAAAAAAAAAAAAAGAGGUUAGAGCGGGUGGAGGAACAUUACUGACAGGACAGUAACGUGUUUCUGCCUCAGAAUGACCCACACACACACACACACACACACACACUGUAGAAGACCAAUCAUGUUUCCUUUCCUAAAAAAGCUUGAGUCACUUUUUUUUUUUUUACUUCUGAGUUUGUAUCCUUCAUUAUUAUUAUUAUUAUUAUUAUUAUUAUUAUUAUUAUUAUUAAUAUUACUGUGAGUGUGGAGCCUGAUUGUGAUGAUGGUAGGAUGACGAUGAUGAUGAUGAUGAUGAUGAUGAUGAUGAUGAUGAUGAUUAUUUAUCACAAGCUAGUUCUAUGUUUUUUUAAACUGGUCAUUGAUGGUUACAUUCAGGUAAAUUAAAUGCAAAGAUGCUGGCGACAGAAAGGACGAGAGACAUGAAAAGUUGUUUUCUUCAAUGCUGCUUUUAUUAAUAUUAUUAUUAUUAUUGUUAUUAUUAUUAUUUUGUGAUGGUCACCUCCUGUAUCUUCAGUUGGGGUGGGGCAGAAGAAGGGCCGUUCAGAGACGUAGCAGAAUGUGCGGACAGACGGUGGAGAUGUCAACAGAUAUGAAAUGUGAAUAAAAGCCAAGUGAAUUUGAAAA